AUGGCAUGCCUAUCCUCCCUAAAGUCAGGCCACGACUGCAAAUCUCCCUACGGCCAAGGCGCGCCAGCACCUCUGCCACAGAUUGCCUCACUGGCCCAACAGGCCCUCAAUUUGCCUGUUCAACAGAAGGAGGGCUCACGAGAUCUCAUUCUCACGGGACCGGAGGGAUGCAACCUCUUCAUCUAUCACCUGCCCCAGGAGUUUGGCGAUCCCGAGCUGGCUCAAAUGUUUAUGCCGUUUGGAACGGUCAUUAGCGCUAAAGUCUACGUUGACAGAGCUACCAGCCAAAGCAAAUGCUUCGGUAGGUUUGCCUAUACUUCCCUCUUGCUCGCUUCUAAGUAA